UCCAACUUGUCUAAAAAUCUUAUCUUUUUAAUCUCUAUUAUAAUCAAUCUUGAUUCAUCAAUAACUCGAGUUCAUACACAUAUACAUUGAUCUCUCUCUUACACACAAUUGUCAAAACAGAAAAAGAAAACAUGAAGUUCUUCGGGUGGAUGCAAACCAAGCUUAAUGGGGAUCAUAACAGACCAAGCACUUCCUCUGCUUCUUCUCAUCAUGUGAAGCAAGAGCCAAGAGAGGAGUUUAACGACUGGCCUAACGCGCUGCUAGCUAUUGGAACAUUCGGUACAACAAGCAACAGUAUGAGCGAAAACGAGGGGAAGAGCGUUGUUCAUGAAGAGAUUGAAACGGAAAAGAAGUGUACCACACAAGCCGAGCAAGAAGAAGAGCCUUCUUCUUCUGACGAUCUUGAAGAUUUUACUCCUGAGGAGGUCGGAAAGCUGCAGAAAGAGUUGAUGAAGCUCUUGUCAAGAACAAAGAAAAGGAAGUCUGAUGUGAAUAAAGAGCUCAUGAAAAAUCUUCCUUUGGAUAGAUUCUUGAACUGUCCAUCGAGUUUAGAAGUCGAUAGGCGAAUCAGCAAUGCGCUUAGCGCUGUUGUGGAUUUGUCAGAGGAGAAGGGGGAAGAUAUGGAGCGAACGAUUAACGUUAUUCUAGGUAGAUGCAAAGAGAUAUCAAUAGAGAGUAAGAAGAAUAAUAAGAAGAGAGACAUAAGCAAGACCUCUGCCUCAUAUCUUUUCAAGAAGAUCUUUGUAUGCGCAGAUGGGUUUUCUACAGCCCCAAAACCUAGCUUGAGAGACACGCUUCAAGAAUCAAGAAUGGAGAAGUUAUUGAGGAUGAUGCUACAUAAGAAGAUUAAUGCUCAAACCUCAUCGAAACCAACAUCAUCGACAACAAAGAGAUGCUUGCGAGACAAGAAACAGCUCUCACUAAAGAGUGAAGAAGAAGAAGAAGAAGAAACCAACGAAAGAAGAAGUAGUAGCGAUGGAUAUAAAUGGGUCAAAACAGACUCUGACUGUGAGUUUUCAUCAGAUCCUCGUUACAUUUCAAUAAAACUCAAAAACAAAUUAACAACUGAUUCGAUCUUUCUUUUGAGUACAGUCAUAGUUCUUGAAAUCUGAUCCAACCUUCGUCUUUAAAGCUCUUGCAAAAUCUUUUCCAAGUACAGAUACAACAUCUUAUCGAGAAAAUUCAAAGAAAUAAUGAAAUGAGUCUUUCAUUUCUGAGGAAAUUUUUGGGUGCAUCUGCAGAUUAAGCCUUGGGCUUUUAGAAUGCUUUAACUUCUAUUUUUGCAUGAUUAGAUCUGUGGGCAUUUGGGUCCAUAGAACCAAACAUGUUCUUGAAAUUGAAUUGCAUACAUGCGUAUGUAUAGAUAUGAAAUGUGUUACAUACAUGUGUGCGUGUGAUUUGUGUAAUUUUAAG